UAGAGACAGAACUAGAAAGCGCUACUUCUUCAAUCAACAAGUCGUAACGUAGCAGUUUUUACGAUGUUAAAAUCAGCUUCCCUGAAUGCCUACUGGCACGAUCGACCAGCAGCCAACUUUACAAUUGUGAGGUCAAUAGGCACUGGUGGUGGAGUGACUCCUCGUAUGUUUAAGAGCCCGAGGUCCUGUAUCGUCAAGAAUCGGUCUACAAGUGAACCUUUUGCUCAAGUGGAUUGCGAUAAGCUAAGUACAUUAACAACGUCUGAUUUUGAAGCUUGUGAUCUCACCGUUAUCAAACGUACAAAUGAUACCCAGUCUGAAGUCAGCAUCAAUGGGUCAGCUUGCUCUUCUUGCAUGCUUUUGUUUACUUCCUCACAUUUGGUUGUCUCAUUUGAGGGAGCCUUGUAUCAUAUUUCAUGCUUUGUCUGUGCUGAGUGUGGUCAGGUAGUUGACCCAACCAGCCAGUUCUUGCUCCUCGAGAAUGGCGGCCCUCUGUGCCCCCUUUGCUCCCCAUCCUGUCAGAUAUGUAGAAGGACGAUUACAAGUGGCCAUGUCGGAGUUCUCAACAAAGAUUUCCAUGAGGAAUGUCUCAAAUGUUGUCAUUGCCAAAAGAUGUUCAGCAAACUAAGCAAAGUAUAUGCCAGUGGAAGUGAACCAUGCUGUGCCGAGUGUGUAACCCCUGUGUUUGGCAGCGAAUGGAAUCAGCCUGAUAGAGGUGGAAGAAUACAAGUAGAGACAAAACCUGAACACGAAAAGCUUCACCGUACACUCAGUGAACCUCCCCUGAAUAUAGAUCUUGAUUUUCACACCCUGCCUCCCCGUCUAGAGUCCCUCUCACAGGCUGUCUCUGACUUACCAUCUGCCAGGUUUCAUACUCUACUGCGUCCAUCUGUUUCGUAUCCAAUAUGCUUGAGUGACAGUCCAUCUGCCGCCAGGAAGAACCCUAAGCUCAGUCUCUCAUCCUUGCGCGCCAUUCUAUAUGAUGAAUUAGGAGUCUCCUUGUUGAUGAAUUUUUGUGUUGAAGACUCUUCAAUUGAGUUGCUCCUCUUUUGGCUUGAUGUGGAACACUUCAAGUAUUUUGAUGGGAAUGAAGAGGAUACAAAACUGUUCGCCCAUCAUAUUAUGCUCAAAUAUAUUGGCUACUAUGCUGAGCUGCCGGUGGGCCUACCGAAGACUUUAGAAGAUCACAUAGUUGCUGAAGUACAAGUUACACCACACAGUCAAGAAGUAUUUAAUGAGGCUCAAAGUUACGUAUAUGAAAUAAUGGAAAACUCUGUUUCGGUUCGAUUCCUGCAAAGCAAAGAUGGACAAAGCUACCUGCGAGCCCUUGUUACUAGGGACAAUGAUAAAAGACAAAAACAUAGGGAAGUCAAUACAACAGAUACUAGUAGACCCAUGGCAGCCACUGUCGUCAGCUUUGACAAGAGACAUCUCCAGACAAAGUUUUAUGUUUAUUGUAUCAGAGUGGAGAGGAAUGAUCGUAUGUACACCGUUUAUCGAAGGUACAGUGAUUUCUACGCAUUACAUCAAGAACUUAAAGCUACUUUCCAGGAGGUUCCUUUUCCUCCUAUGCCAAAGAAGAUAUUCUUUGGGCGCAGCCAGACAAAGAAUGUUGCACAUCUGCGACUGGGAGAUCUAAACCAUUUUCUGCAGGGUGUGCUGGCCAUGUCUGCAGAGAUCUCCUUCAGUUCCCUAGUCAAACAAUUCUUGACACAAACACAAACUGACAAAGAGGACGAGUCGUUCGACAGUCGGGUCCAGUCUUAAUAUUGUUUUGUUCCAUAAUUAUACAUCUAACCUAAUAUAGCUGGUUGAGUUUGUUUUGUUUGAAUCAGUGUUUUGUGAUCAUGAAAGUCACAUGCAUGCACAUGCAUGCAGGAAGUUGACAGUUAUAGAUUUCCAGGAUGAGAUCAUAAUUUAUAUGGACAAAAGUAAACUGCAUGCCAUUCAGAACACACACCGGUGUGACUAAUAGUGCACAGUACAGUAUGCCAGAGAAGUUGUGUUUCAUUGAUUGUCCUUCUGACAAAGAGAUGUGUGAAUCACGAGCAUGUCGUCCUCGUCCUCUAUCCAGCUCUGACCUAAUUGGGCGACGAGAAUCUGAGGACUUACACAGUGGCGUGGGAUCCCCACUGUUAGUGGCCAGAAGAUCACCAGGAAUCUCUAUUGCUAUGAAGAGGAGUGGCUCAGACUCACUUCAAUCUAGACCAAGAUCAGAAGACGAAAACACAUUCAGCAUCAGUGAGCAAACUCAAUUGCUGCUAAGGAAAAUGCUUGUAUUGGAGAAGAAAGUAUCAUCAAUGGAGACACAGCUGAAAGAGGAACAACUUCAAAGAUUGCACCUUGAAGCAAAAGUGGUAAAGCUAGAGGAAGAAAACCAGGACCUCAAACAAAAUCGAGGACAUGCUAGCAAACAACUACAGGAUUUUGCUGACAGAUUUUACGCUGCCACUGAAAACCUGUCUCCUUCCCCCCCCCACCCAAGUAUAUCCGAAAUUAGAAUGAGAGGAUCAAGAACUCCAUCGAGAAGAGAUUCAGUGUCGAGUGCAGGCAGCAUAUUUUCACGAGACUCUGUUGGAUCACGAUACAGUGGUAUAUCAAUUAACUAACAUUAUCUCUUGGCCAUAGAUUUGCCCUACUUUCCUUGACUUUGUGUAUACAACAUUCAUACUGAACCAAUCACGUUCUUAAUUAAUGUCCUUUCUCACACGAUAAUUAUUUUUUGUAUAAUUAUAUAGUUUCAGAGUGUUCAAAAUUAUACACUAUAAUUAUGUUUCUUGAAAUAAUUUUACAGCUAACACUACAUCAUUAUUAUAUACAAUAA